UCAUUCAACUUUAAAGCAAUUUAAGGGGGCGGAGGAUUGGAACAUUUCGUCGUAUUUUAUAUUUUAUUAUUUUUUUUAUGUCAAUACUGUAGGCUGGGCCAAGUAUGGCUUUUGCUGCAAUUUCUAGCGUAUUUUCAACUGGUACUUUAUUAGCCGCACCGGUUACAGCGUUAAGUUUAAUUCCACUACUUGCACUCGGCAUUAAUUAUUAUCGAUAUCAAAGCAUCGAUCCAGAAGGUAGACCAAUCGAUGCACAACAAAUUCGUAUACAAUAUGAUUUUAUUGUUGUUGGUGCGGGGUCGGCGGGGGCAGUCGUCGCCUCUAGAUUAUCAGAAAUUCGAAAUUGGACCGUUUUGCUCAUAGAAGCUGGCGGUGAUGAGACGGAAAUAAGUGAUGUACCAGCAUUGGCUGGCUACCUACAACUCAGCGAAAUGGAUUGGAAAUAUCAAACAUCGCCUCCACCAGAUCGAGCUUAUUGUCAAGCUAUGAUUGGUGAUCGAUGCAAUUGGCCUCGCGGCAAAGUAAUGGGUGGUUCAUCGGUUCUCAAUGCCAUGGUUUAUGUCCGUGGCAAUAAACGUGAUUACGAUAGUUGGGCGCAACAAGGGAAUCCUGGUUGGGAUUACGAAAAUAUCUUGUACUACUUCAAAAAAUCGGAAGAUAAUCGAAAUCCAUUUUUGGGCAAAAAUCCAUAUCAUGGCACCGGCGGUUAUUUAACUGUACAAGAAGCUCCAUGGCGUACGCCAUUGUCAUUGGCCUUUGUAAAAGCUGGCCAGGAAUUGGGCUAUGAAAAUCGCGAUAUAAAUGGUGAAUCUCAAACUGGUUUUAUGUUGACACAGGCAACCAUUCGUCGUGGCAGUCGAUGCAGUACAUCGAAAGCAUUCUUGAGACCGGUGCGAAUGCGAAAAAAUCUUGACAUCAUUAUGCAUUCGCAGGUGACACGAGUGCUAUUUAAUAAAGGUCGACGGGCGCAUGGUGUUGAAUUUGUGCGCGAUGGAAAAUUCCAUAAGGUAUACGCUAGAAAAGAAGUGAUUCUCAGUGCUGGUGCUAUAAAUAGUCCACAAUUGUUAAUGCUCAGUGGAAUCGGUCCAUUGGAUCAAAUGAUUGCACAUAAUAUUUCACAAGUUGCCGAUUUGCCAGUCGGUCAUAAUUUACAAGAUCACGUUGGUUUAGGGGGUUUAACAUUUGUCAUUGAUGAACCGGUUACAUUUACACGAAAGCGAUUUACAAAUAUGGGCGUUGGCAUGGAAUACAUUAUGAAUGAACGUGGACCGAUGACAAUGCCCGGUGUUGAAGGUGUUGCAUUUGUAAAUACAAAAUAUGCUGAUCCGUCCGGUGAUUGGCCGGAUAUUCAGUAUCAUUUUGCACCAAGUUCCAUUAAUUCGGAUGGCGGCGAACAAAUUCGAAAAGUGGUUAAUCUUCGUGACGGCGUUUAUAAUACCGUUUAUAAACCAUUGUUAAAUUCAGAAACAUGGACCAUUUUACCUCUACUUUUACGACCGAAAAGUUCUGGAAGAGUAACACUACGAAGUAAAAAUCCAAUGCAUAAACCAGUUAUUGAGCCGAAUUAUUUUGCACACCGUGAAGAUAUUAAUGUUCUCAUUGAAGGAAUACGAAUUGCAUGUAAUAUAUCCGAUCAACCGGCAAUGCAACGUUUUGGAUCACGUUUACAUCGGAUUCCAUUUCCGGGGUGUCGCCAUUUGCCAUUCGAUUCGGAUGAAUAUUGGGAAUGCUCUAUUCGACAGUUUACAUUUACAAUAUACCAUCCAACUGGAACAGCAAAAAUGGGCCCAAGUUAUGAUGAUGGGGCUGUUGUCGAUUCUAGAUUACGAGUUUAUGGAGUUACUGGUCUACGUGUUAUCGACGCCAGUAUUAUGCCAACCAUUGUUAGUGGAAAUCCAAAUGCACCGGUAAUUGCUAUUGGUGAAAAGGGUGCGGAUAUGAUCAAAGAAGACUGGGGUCAACGCGCCAAAAAGUCAAUAAACACCUGAGCGACUCCAUGAACAAAGAGAUUAGAAUUUAGUAAAUGGCUGAUAAAAUUUGAGACAUACUCUCAUGGGCCCAAUGAGCAUUGUGAAAUUAUACAAAUUAAUAUAAUGCGUGAAUGCAAGAUAAAAUACUCUCUAUCUCUCACAGAUCAACAUUAAUUUAUUCUCUUUAAUUUAUACCUGUAGAUGAGAAAAUAUUCAUGAAAAUUAAAUCAAUUAGGUGUAUAAGUGUUUGUUUGAUAUUUUGUACAAUAAUUUUUCAUACCUAAAAUUAUAAUAAAAGAAGCACAUUUUUGGAAUAAAUUAUGUAAAGAAACCAUUCAAUUUUGGAUUUGUUUACAGUUGAACAGGCAUACAUUGGGACUGAUGUGCAAAUGACGUCUUUGAUGAAAAAAAAAAAAUCUGUAUGCAAAGUGCCUUUGACAAAGAGAAAAUUCAUGCAUAUUAGUGCUGUAUUUUGACAAUUUUACGUACAAUAUUCCCAUUCAGCUCGUUAAGUUAAUAAGAUACAGUUAACAUCAUUGUAUGCAUUUGUUAAAAGUUGAAUUAUCUGACAAUAUAUCGGAUGCAUUUAAUUCUCUCAAUAUCUGUUCUCUGUUGUCGAAGAAAAAUUGAAUAUUGUUUCGAUUUUUAUUUGUAUAAGAAAUAAAUUGAAUAGAAUAUAAGAAGUGCCUAGUCAAUAAGUGCAUCAUUUUCAAUCGAUAAAUUUCUCAAUAUUAUCAGCAGCACACACAACUGAUGAAUCGAACAAUGUAUGAUGUUAGACGUUAAUAACAAAUAUACCAUUUGAACCUGCGUAGCACAUAUUACGAUGUACAUUUUUUUUCUCUCUCUCGAAUUGUUGUUGGUUUUUUUCUAAAUAACGAAAUUAUAACGGUUCAGUUCAUAAAUAGGGAAAUGUAAAUGAUUGAAGGCGCUUUAGACUCAACCGCUCAGAUGCAUUAAACUGAUAAUGAUGUUGAUUGAUCAUUGAAUGGAAAUCAUUUGUUUUGGCGAAACAAAAACACAAAAGUGAAAUGAAUAUAUAUAAAAAAAAACAAGACUGAUUAUGAUUUUCAAGCAGUGUUGAAUCACGUCUGUGCUACUAUGGCUAAAAAUGGAAGAGUUGUGUUAAAUGUAAUCGAAGUUGAAAUUGAUGAAAACGAAAUGAGGCGAUUAUCAGCACAAUUUAAUGUACAUAUAGGUUGAAAACGAAUGAAUAAAUUUAUUGCCUGAUUAUUUUUACAAUAAAAAAAACUUCAUUUCA